AUGGCACUUUCGUCACACACUACGGAGACCGACAAAGUGCAAAGAGCAUGGUGGAAAGAAGCCAGUGUCUACCAGAUCUACCCAUCUUCCUUCAAGGAUUCGAAUGGAGAUGGCUUCGGUGACCUCGGCGGCGUCAUCGAGAAACUGGACUACAUCAAAGCCCUCGGAGUCGAUAUCGUCUGGUGUUGCCCCAUCUACAAGAGCCCUCAAGUCGACAUGGGCUACGAUAUCGCCGACUACAAAGACAUUGAUGCAAGAUAUGGAACUAUGGAAGAUGUAGACCACUUGAUCGAUGGCUUGCAUCAACGAGGUCUUAAGUUCCUGAUGGACCUAGUUGUCAAUCAUACCUCUGACCAACACGAGUGGUUCCAAGAGUCUCGAUCGUCCAAAACCAACGCAUACCGCGGCUGGUACAUCUGGCGUGAUCCAAAAUACGACAGCAAUGGCAACCCUCAGCCUCCCAACAACUGGAGCUCUUACUUCAGUGGUAGCGCUUGGGAGUAUGAUGAAGCCUCGGGUCAAUAUUAUCUGCAUCUCUUCGACAAGACACAGCCAGACCUCAACUGGGAAUGUGAUGCAAUGCGAGCCGCAGUCUACGAAACCGUGCGUUGGUGGCUCGACAAAGGCGUCGACGGCUUCCGUCUCGAUGUAAUCAACUUCAUCAGCAAAGACCAAUCGUUCCCCAAUGCCGCCAUCACAGACCCAAAUCAAUCAUAUCAUCAUGGCUGCGAACACUACGCCAAUGGACCUCGUAUCCACGAGUACCUUCAAGAGUUGGGUGGUAUAUUGGACGAAUACAAUGCGUUCUCUGUUGGCGAGAUGCCAUGGGUCAGCGACCCCGAGGAGAUUCUCAAGUGCGUGGGUUACGACAGAAAAGAGUUGAACAUGAUCUUCAACUUCGACAUGGUGGACAUGGACCACGGACCCGGUGGAAAGUUCAGCCCAAAGGACUGGCAAAUGACAGAUCUCAAGGAUAUCGUUUCGAAAUGGCAGAGCUUCAUGUACGGCAACGGUGGUUGGAAUGCCCUCUACCUUGAGAAUCACGAUCAACCCAGAACGGUAUCGCGAUGGGCCUCCGACAGCCCCGAGCACCGAACCUUGGCGGCAAAGAUGUUCGCUACGUUCUUGGGACUUCAGAGUGGUACUGUCUUCUUGUAUCAAGGGCAGGAGCUCGGUAUGACCAAUAUACCCGAACACUGGAACAUGGACGAGUUCAGAGAUCUGGAGACAUUGAACCAUUGGAACGAACUCUGCGAGGUCCGCCCACAUGACAAGAACUUGCUGUCAAUCACAAAACAACAGUACCAUAUCAAGUCACGAGACAAUGCACGUACGCCCAUGCAGUGGACAGCAGAGCGCCAUGCAGGCUUCACCACAGGCGAGCCUUGGUUCCGCGUCAAUGACACUUACAAUGCUUGCAAUGCCGAGUCGCAAGUUGGCGUACAGGGAAGUCCAUUCGAGUACUGGAGAAGCAUCCUCGGGUUGCGCAAACAAAUGUUGGAUGUCUUUGUGUAUGGCAAUUUCCAGAUGGUGGAUACUAAGCAUGAAGACGUUUUUGCAUACAAACGAUCGUUCGGAGAGCAGGGUGUGCUAGUUGUUUGCAACUUCCGACAGUAUGAUGUGGACUGGAAAAUGCCAGCAGUGGCCAACGCGAAAAACGUUCUCGUCUCUAACUAUGGUGGCUUGGAUGUGCAUGAGGGACUUCUUAGGUUAAGGCCUUUCGAAGCCUUCGCCGUUGCACAAGGAUCCCCCACCGCGUACAGUCUUGUCCCUCAGAGUCAAUGGCCUCCGUUGAACAGAUGUUCCGACGACGUGACCUGGUUGCAGUGGAAGAAUGCCGCCGGUGGCAACGUCGGAAGCACUAUGCAUCGGAUCCAGUACUCCAUCGCUCAUGAUGGUACCAGUCAUAUCCUUGACCUACUGAUGGGUGGCGUGAGUAAACGAAAACCAGAAGCAGCGAGCGUGAUAUCAAGCAUGUUACAGAACUGA